AUGAGUUCUAAAAAAGAGCAAAAAUUAGAUGGUACAAAAAAAUCAGAUAAAAUGGUGGACACACAUCGAGAGUUUUUAGACAUGGACACCGACGAAGAAGAUUUUGGGCGGCAAGAAUCCCCCGAAGUCGAAGAAGAACUUCCUCCAGAACCUGAGAAACCAGUAUUUACUGAGAAAGAUCUACUUAUCUUAGUGAAAUACGUAAAAGAUUUAACAGUAUUCCCUGCAUUCGGCGAUGAAAAUUGGAGUGAAAAUUGCGACCAAAUAAUACGAGAAUAUUUUGAGAAUCCAUCACAUGUGCUGCUAACUAUACUUCAAGAAGGAAACAAAUUGACCGCGAUUUUGAAUUUUCCAAAAUAUGCAUCGAAGGGGUUUAUGUAUUUUUUAAGAUCGCCAUGGCAAAUAUAUACAGCAGAAAAUUUCCUCGACACAGUAUUAUUUGGAAGUAUUAAUGGAGAUAUUAAAAGUUUCGUUUUAAAAUUCAUGGAAAACGUUUAUGCACCAAUUGUACUUCGCACUAACGAAUAUACGUCAUUCAUAAAAGAUGAAGUAUUUUCAAAUCUCCACGAAUUUAUUAUUCGUUUGACCAAAGAGAUCUAUGAACCAAAGGGCUUGACUACUUUGUAUGUACCAAAGGAAAAUCUUCUUAACAAAUUGUUGGAACCAUCAACCAAAAUCGAUUGCUUCUUGUUAGGGGAAGAUCGAAAAACGAUUCUCCCAGAAGAAGAUCAAAGAAAACGAGAAACAGUUGAUAGAUUAGAAAAAAUAGUUUGGUCAUGGAUUGUGCAAAUACAUGACGCGGCGGUAACAUCGUCCAGUAGAAAAAACAUUGAAUGUAUACAAGAUGAAGUCAAUUACUGGAAAGCUAAACAUGCGGAAACCUCUAUAACAGAAGCGUUACUCUUAAUAUUAUAUAUUUGGAUUGAAGCUCCAUUUUAUCAUACUACGAGCAAUAUAGAAACACUUUGUAAAGCAUUCAGUUCGCAAAUAAUAUUUCAAUGCAAAAAUUACAUUAAGUUAGAUGUUAUUUUUGGAAAUAAUCCAGAGGAGGGCAAGAAACUACUGGAGAAAUGUAUAUUUUGUUGUAACAUUUAUAAAACAAUUUAUGAUAAUCUGAUGACAACUGUUGUCUUGUACAUUAAUCCUAAUAAAAAAUGGGAUAUAAACGCAACGGAGGUUUUCAAAAAAAUGGAUACUUUCAAACAAAGAUGCUACGACGUGAUUGAAAUCAGCGAGGCAUUACUGAUAUUUGGAAGGUAUACUAAGAUAGGAUUACUCGGAAGUCCAAGAGGAACCGAGUACGAGGCAUAUUGGCGAGAAAUUGAAAAUCUAUUUUACGAAAGCUUGAAUAAAAUUACUGCUGCUCGUGAUACUAUAUUCGAUAUUACAAAGUUUAAUUGGUUGAAAAAAAUCUGUCGGUUUAGGUACACGAUUCAACAAUUAGAAAACAUGGUGAUAAAUUUAAUUAAUGACAUAUUUAAAAAUAUUAAGAAUAUAGAAGAUGGUAUCGAGGCGAUUUACGCUUUACAUAAAUUAAAGAAAAGAGACAGUCUGAGAAUAUUAUUGCAGAACAAGUGGUUACAGGUUUGGAAAAUCUUUAGCAACGAAAUACAGUAUUGUUACACUUAUGCAAUUAAUAUAUCAAAAGAAUACGAACAAUCAAUACAGAAGACUGAUGUCAAUAUGGAUAUGUCGUGUAUUUCGUGGUAUUUAAAUAGUCAAUAUACUAUAAUGAGGAAUGCAGCGGAUUGGAUCGGAGAUUGUGCAAUUGAAAAGUGUACAAUGCAGCAAUAUAAACAUGUAUUACAUGUAAUCGAUGAGAGAAAAAAGAUGUUUAACACUUACAGUAUACAUGAAUCAUAA